UGGCGAAAGAUGAGAAUGAUAGACCGAGGAAGGCAAGCAGCGCAUUGAAGGGAGACAGAGAGUGAGACAAAGAGUGAGAGAGAACAUAAGGAGAAAGGAGCUUUACUGCAAAAGGACAGGCAUGAAAGUUGAAGAAAAGGCCGCACAUACUGUAGCAACCCCAGGAGGCCUUUGUCACCGGUGCUGCUGUGGGUAUCCUGAGAGACUUCUCCUCAGUCUGGCCUACUUCUCCUACAUUCACUGAGGCCUUGGAGAAAAAAGGAAAGACAGAUGUCUGAGUCUGACAGAGAGAGGAGUGGAUUUCUGCCUGCACUCCUAUCAAGGUGUGCAGUCAAUGUCGGGGCGGGCUGCGAAACAGCAGUGCAGUGGGGAAUCUCUGCAAGACCAACUCCAGCUUUGUGAUGGAGGGGCGCUGCUGUCUGCAGAGACACAGAGAGCAGGAGCUGAUUGUCGGGUUAGACCUAUGGAACUGCUCGCUAACACAAGUUGAUGAAUACCUGGAACAAGCGUUCACUGCUGUGGUAAUAGAUCUCUCAGAUAAUCCAGUGAAGAACAUGUCGGAAUCAGCAUUUCAAGGUUUCAUUAGUUUGCAGUACCUAGCAUUGCCACAGACACUGGAAUGUCCUGGGGGAAACACUUCCUGGGAGCAUGUGGACAUUUUCAAGAGUGAGAGGAUAUGCAAAGGGCAGAAGGAUGCCUGCAAUGCAACUGGGGCCAUGACCUGGCUGUGUCCAGAAAAUUCCUUCUGCCAACCAGACGGCCCUGGUAUGUUUCAGUGCACUUGUGCAAGCAGUUACUAUGGCUACAAGUGUCUCAAAGAGGGAGCCUUCCCUUUGCUGGAGUUCUUUGGGAUUCUUGGGCCGCUGACGGUUCUUACUUCUGCCUUGCUGUGGCUUUCUCAGCGUCGCAAGGCGAAAUCAUCCUGACUAACACUUCAUCAGGGCAAAGAUUCAUUCAGAGAGAAGAUUGAGCUCAAAGCCAUUGCUGCACACACUCAAUACUGACAAUUUGAAAAAAGGGGUGGUUUACAUAGGAUUUUUGUAUGAUGGUCAAAAUAAGGUAUUCUGUAAUACUAAGACAUUUUGAAAUAUUAGAAAAAGAUUUUGACCAGAAGUGUCAAUGUCUUUUAUCUGUAAUAUUUCAGUUAGACUUUGUUCCUGCAGGACAAGCACGGGUUCAUCUCAAUAGUGCAAGCACUAAUACAAAGAGAGACUUAAGUAGACCAUAGUCGAUAGAUAACAAUACAGCAGUAAAAUAAUUCCAAACAAUUAAUAUACAUCC